GGCAACUAGCGCAUAAUUAUAGACGUAGAGACACGGAAUACAUCACAAUCAACAGUAGCGGUGCGGGCGUGGCGGCAGCAGCAGGGGUGGACGCAGGGACGAGUGGCGCUGGGCUGAAAUAUGGGACGAAGCGACGGAAUGACCCCCUCCCGAGCGCCCACGAGGUGAAGUGACGUUGCUGCCUUCCAGAUACUCCCCACCGCACCAACACCACAGCAGCUGCCACCUCCCUGCUCCACUAACACGCAUGCAGCACCGCGUCCACACCCCUCAACGUGGCGCAAAAUAAAACGUGAACCUGAUACGUGAGGUGCAGCUGUGCGGGGAGUGACCGGAGCGAGCACAGAUUAUGGCAGCAAAAAUCCCAUCGCUGGACUCCCUCUCGCCGCUAGAGUCAGGCUGCGUCUCAGUCAGUCUUACGCGAGAGAUUGUAGUAUGCUCUGAGCCAGCUUGCGUGUGUUGCGGUCUCUGAUAAACACCCUCACUACACCUCGCCAUGACGUUUACUGAGCAGUCCGGUGCGUGAGAUCGGGCCACGGCAUAACCAGAGAUGGCGAACAGUAUGAUGGAGGAGCUGGAGAUCAAGGAGCCCACGCCCAGCCUUGCCCCCAGCCAGUACGAGAGUCCACUUUACACCAAGAAAUGGAGGAUCGUGCUUGCUAUCCUGCUGGGUGUGACCUUGAUGGGCCUUUGUAUCCUGGGCUUCUACGUGAGUGUCAAGUCGCGCGGCGUUCUGGAUGGCGUUCCGCCUACCGACACUACCACCAUCAUGCCCCUCUCCUCCAUUGCGGGGUGGAGGAGCAGUCCCACUGGCCCCUCAUGUCUCUCCCUCCUCAACGACACGUGUCCCGAAGAUUUUUCGACGCCGCCGCUGCUGGUGAUAGGGCUGGACGGCCUGAGACCAGAUGAACUGCGGGAGGAGGUGACACCCGCCCUCGUGUACCUGAGAAAGUGCGGCGCCACCACCCACAACAUGGUGCCCACUUACCCCACCACCACCUUCCCCAACAUGUACACCAUAGCUACGGGCCUGUACCCCGAGAGUCACGGCGUGGUGGCCAACGAGAUGCACGACCCAGAUAUCACCAGGGAUUUCGCGGUGGGUAACAACAGCAUCCAUAACCCCGCGUGGUGGGGUGGCGAGCCCAUCUGGUACACCUCCACCAAGCAGGGAAUGAAGUCAGCUACCCUCUACUGGCCGGGGUCUGACGUGUCCAUCCAGGGAGGCUAUGCGGCCUACUGGAAGAGCUACCAAACCCAUAUCACCUUUGAGGAACGCAUCACCAAGAUUCACGAGUGGCUCGCAUUGCCGGGACAUGAGAUGCCUCACCUUAUCAUGGUCUACUUUGAGGAGCCCAUGCGCACCAUCAGGCAAUAUGGAUUGGAUUCAUUGGAGGCUGACAAGGAAAUGAGAAACAUUGACCAUAUGAUAGAUGAGCUGAUGGAUUCCCUACACCAAAAGAAUCUGGCACACUGCAUUAAUGUGAUGGUGCUGUCAGACCAUGGUGAGGUGCCCUUCUCCUGCUCCAACAACUUCCACAUGCAAACCUUCAUGAAGGACAUUGAAGCACAGGCCUACAUUUACACUGGUGCUGUAGGAAGACUGAGGACAAAGGAGACCAAGAACAAGGCUGAGGCUGAAGAAAAAAUUUUAAACAUCAUGAGGUGCAAGAACCCAAAGGUGCGUGCUCUGCCUAAGGAUCUCCUGCCACGAAGGUACCACUACACCAACAACCGAAGGAUAGAGAACAUAAUCUUGGACACGUCACUCAGCACUCAACUUGUCGCAAACUCCGACCGUGGCUGCAAGAAGGCUAUCCAUGGCUACAACAACCUGGAGGCCCCAAUGCAGGCACUCUUCAUAGGCUUUGGUCCAGACUUCAAGGUGAAUGAGACCAUCCAGAACUUCAGGAAUGUGGAGCUGUACAAUCUGAUGUGCCAGUUGUUGCACAUCACACCUGUCAGCAACAAUGGUACAGCAGGGAGUCUGAACCAGUUGCUGCGUGACCCUCCUCCUGUUCCCCCCAUGCCUGACGUCCUGACUGAGGAGCUCCUGCCUACCCCCGUCGGCAUGCUGCAGCCAAGGAACCCUGAGGACAAGUGCCAGUGCUUUAUUCCUGAGGCUCAAGAUGCACCAGUUGUGGAGAGUCCUGCCCGCAGGCGCCGCAGUGAUGAGGGCAGCAGCAUCAGCAGCGGCACUAACAACGUCAGCAACACAGAAAAUGCAGACAGUGGUAACAGCAUUAAGAAUGGCACCAGUAAUGACAACCCUGACACCUCCACCACCACCACCACCACCACCUCCAGCACUACCACUACCACCCCUCCCCCAACCACUACCCCUUCCACCACCACCACCACCACCACAGCCCCACCUACUACCACCAGUACCACCACUACCACCACACCACCACAAGAGACCACAACCCCUUCCACCACUACUACCUCUACCACAACCACUCCCACCACUACCACUACCACAACCACCACAACCACUACCACUACUACCACCACUCCCGCCACCACCACCACCACCACCCCAAAACCAAUGACAAAGGAGGAACAACAGCUGCUGCUCAAUAAACAUGCUCCUUGGGGCAUUCCAGGUCUCACCCAAUCAAAAGACAUCCAGGGAAAACUGAAGGUCCUGUUGCAUUCCAGUCAUGUUAUAGGUUUGCAUGAGACUCUGGCCCUGGCACUGUGGACAAGCUUCACCCUCACCAAUGUCACCCUGGCAGAGGUGGAGGAGGAAGCUGGUUUGGAAGAGCAGCAGCCAGUUCCUGCAUGUUGGAGGGCUGAUCCCCGCUUGGAGCGCUCUCAGCAAGACCAGUGCCAGAAGAUGCUGACUGAAGAGGAGUACCUUGCUAAUAAUGUCACCCUCACACAGCUCUUCCCAGAGGAGCUUGAAAGGAAAGAACUCCUGGAGGCUGAAGGCUACUUACUCUCCAACAUGGCUCCAGUGAGGGCUGGGUAUGCUGAUGGUGGUCGUCAGGCCAUGGUGAAGGCUAUCAAGGAGUGGACCAACUCAUUUGGUACCAUCAAUGUGAUUCAUGGCUCCAUCUUUGACCUUGACAUUGAUGGCCACCAGGACCCUGUGGCCACUGUGCUGAAGACUGCGAAACCCCUUGUGCCAAGUAACUACUUCUUUGUGAUAAACCAAUGUGGGUCGUUGCCAUGUCCCAGCAUGCCCAGGAAGACGCUGGCCUUCAUCUUCCCCAACACACACUUCCCUGACAACUGCCUCAUGAGUGAUAGCGAGUACCUGAACUACCACCUGGCCAACGUGCGGGAUGUGGAGCUGCUCACCGGCCUGCAGUUCUUCAGGAAUGUGUACAGCCAAGCAGCCCUGGAGUACCGCACCAUGCAGCCCCUCACCGCUUGGCCUCUCCCCCCCUCCCAGGACACCCACCUCCUGUCCCUGCUGAGUGACAGGAUGGGCAAAGCUGAUUCUUUUGCUGCAGAGAACAUACAGCUCUCAUAACCCAAGUGUGUGUGUGUGUAUGUGUGUGUGUGUGUAUGUGUGUGUGUGUGUGUGUGUGUGUGUGUGUGUGUGUGUGUGUGUGUGUGUGUGUGUGUGAGGGCUUUAGUAAGAGAGUGGACCAAGUACCAGAAAUAUAAAAAUGGAGCAAUGAAAUACAUUUCCCUGCAUUACAUUCACCCUGACCAGUGUGUGUGGGAGUGUGUGUUGAUGCCUCACUCACCAGUCAAACAGAAUGUCACUCUUGCAGGCUGGAUGACUGUCUCCCUUUAGAUAAAAUUUCUGACUUAUCUGCAAUUUGAGUUCUUUUUCUAUGAGAGAAGAGAGGCUGGCUGAGGGCUGGAAAGUCUCUAAAAACAUACCAGAUUGCUUCCCUCCAAAAAUGUGAAAUGGAAAUUGAUCCCAGUUAAUCAGAAGACUAUGAGACUAUAAUAAAACAUUUAGCUUACUUUUAGACUGAUUGGUCCUUGGUUCCCCUCUUUGAUUAGGGACUUCAUGCAAUGAUAAGAGGAAUGCAUUGUACUAGAUGUAUAUACUUGUAUUAGCAAAGAUGUUUUAUUGCACACGCAUGCCAUAACAUUUAUGUUGUAUUUUUCCCAAGAUGAGUAAAUGAGUUUAUGUGUAUGUGUAUGAAAUUUGUAAAUCAUCUAUCAGCAUAUUAAGUGUAUAUGAUGAAGAAUUAUAUGAAUGUAUAUAUUGAUUUUUGAGAGUGUGUGUGGUGUGAGGCAAGGCCAGCGUGGUGUGGCUGCUUCUCCGUCCAGAUAGCAGAGGGUGGGGUGCAGUGGGGUGCAUUCAGGAGUGACACUCAUUGUUUGCUUGUAUGCAUCAGCAGGAAGAAAACGUGAACUGAUUGGGUUGUUAGCAGUAAACACCAGGGUUGGAAAAAAAAUCAUGAUAAAAAAAAAAAAAUCAAUUUAUUUUAUUGAAAUUGGAUUCUUUUAUUUAAGUAGAUUUUUACUUAAAUAUUUCUUUGCAUUAAUCCUUGUUUGUCUGCACUGAUUAUUUGUUUCAGUCUUACAAGGCCGUUUUCUUGUAUUAAACUUGGUUAAUGUUAAUUGAAAUAAUAAUUUAAUAUUCAUCACCUAACAUGAGUUUCUCAUAAAAAUCAUAAGUAGGACUAAGUUUAAUCAGAUCUAUUAUAUUAUAUAUUUGCACUAUAAAAAAAAUUAAAUUCAUUAAACUUCAUAAUUAGAUUUAUUGUUAUUAUCAACAAACUUUUUUUUUUUUUUAUGUAUUUGAGUAUUUUUCUUGUAAGAGAUGGCAAUGAUUCACUGGUGCCUGACAUGCUGCAGGACCAGUACAGGAUCACUACACUUAGUACAGGACAAGUACACUUGAUAUUUUUCCUGUGCAACUGCUUCACAUUAUCUUCCUUCUUACUUGUGUGUCUGUGUGUGUGUGUGUGUGUGUGUAUAUAUAUAUAUAUAUAUAUAUAUAUAUAUAUAUAUAUAUAUAUAUAUAUAUAUAUAUAUAUAUAUAUAUAUAUAUAUAUAUAUAUAUAUAUAUAUAUAUAUAUAUAUAUAUAUAUAUAUAUAUAUAGUUUCAAUCCUUAGAUAUUUUAUUCUCAAUAUAACACUUAAAUAAUUUUUAGUACAGUAAAUCUAAUUUUGAUUUAAAUCAUGAUUUUUUACUCUGAUUUAAAUAAUUUGAUUUAAAUCAAACCAACUCUGGUAAACACACAAGCUGAGAUAUGGAUAAAAAAAACUAUAAUAUAUUUUUAUAUAGGGUACAAAAAAGAUGUUCAGAAUCCAGGACUCAAACAUUAUAUAUUUUAAUAAUUAUCUGGAUGAAUAAAAAGUAGGAUUUCUAUAUUUCCAGUCUUGAAAUCUCAGUAUUGGAAUGUUCCUGACAACAAGAACUGGCAUUUUUACUUCCUAAUAAUCCUAAUUACUGUCUUUCUUUCUAUUUUUCCUAGAUAAGUAUUAGGCAGAAAUGUAACCUUGAGUAUACUAACUAGUGAUGCUAACUGUGAAGCCCUUUUAUUAUUAUUAUUAUUAUUAUUAUUAUUAUUAUUAUUAUUAUUAUUAUUAUUAUUAUUAUUAUUAUUGUUAUUAUUAUUUUAUUUUAUCUAUUUAUUUAUUUAUUAUUAUUUUUUUUUAUGUGAGAGGGACACUGACCUAAGACAACAAAAAAAGAAAAAAAGGUCUACUGAGAUGCGCUGUUUAGUUGUUUUGUAUUUGUGGUUAAUGUAUAGAAAACGUGGCAUGUGUUGCAGUGAGUCAAGAGUGGCAGAGGGUGGUGGUGGUAAUGGUGUCCUGUGUGGGUGUUUGAUGGGUGUGUAUCAGUGUGGUGUUCUUGCAGUCAACCUGUGUUCAGAAACCAUGACAUUAAAUAGAAAGAAGUGAGAGAAUUUUCAGCUGUGAUACAUUCCAGCAGUUCAGUAUUUGGCAUUAUGGAUGUAAGCUUAAAACAUAGAUUCUGAGUUGACAUCGGCCGUGGCUUGGCUUAUACGUUGCUAAUUAUCAUCUAUUCACUCCAUUCACAUUCCAGUUGUGAUAAACAGGUAGGAUCUUUACAUGUGAGAACAAGUAAGCUUUUAUAAUCAGUACCAUUAUAAUUUUCUUGAGGUAUUUAUUAAUCUGUCUAUUAAUAUCUGACUCCUGCUCCUGGGAGGUACAAGAAGCCAUUUACUGGUGUUCUUGUACUAGCUAUAUUCUUUUCCUGUCAUUCUCCUCACGUACUCUGUGCACUCUGUCGGUCUUUCUGUCCACUGAAGGUCGUCUUGCAUUCUUCACUUAUUACCCAUACUUAUUCAAGCCCAGCCAGGUCGAUGUAGAACCGUUCAUUAACAUUUACAUCACACAGCUUCACAGUCUGGUGCUUUUCAACACCUGACAGGUAACGUAAAAGACUGCUGCCGACUCGAGUACUUCCAUUGUAUUGGUGAUUGUUUUUGUACACCAUAUCAUGACAUCAUAUAGUUACCGUAGCGAAAGGGAUUAAGUAAUAGUUAUGUAUCAUUUCAGUGUAGGUCAAUUCUGUGUUGUGUUCUGAAUGGUUAAUUAAAAACACCGUAAAACAUA